UGGAGGGACCACCGUUGCCGCGGCCUCGGCUUCCACGAUCUGCGUUCGGGCUAAACGGCCACGGUGGCCGCCACUGCCGCGCGUCUUGUGCCUGGCUCUGUCCGUAUUCGUUCCCGGGCGGCCACCCCGGUUCCAGCAGCGGCCGCGGCCGACAUGUUGUGAGGCGGCGGCGCUGGUGUCUGAAGGAUGGUUUGGCCGAGGCGGCGGCAAGGGCUGCUGGCGGCGGCGGCGGCAGCGGGGGCUCCGGCUCUAUAGAGCCAAGCCCGCUGGGUGUCCGCCUGGUUCCGCGGCGAGGCCAGUGCCCCUGGGCCGUGCCUCUGUCCGGGCGCCGUUGGGGACCGGUUAGGCGACAGCGCCCGCCCGUCUGAGAAGACACGAAGGUGGUUCCCCAGUGUUCAAAUUUCCGGACCACCGUGCUUCCCCUCCCCGACCUGGGCAGUGCCGCCCCUGGAAUCCUCAGCCCCCCGACUCUCCUCCCAACCUCGCCCUGAAUCCCUCACACACACGGCUGUUCCCCGCCCUCACGAGCCAGCUCCUCCCCGCCUCCCCCUUCAUUUUCUGCACCCUCUUUUCGGCGCCCCCGGAUCCCUCUCCGAGGGCGGCCUUUUGAAACAUCUUCGUGGGGUAGUGGACCAGAGCUGGGGAGGUUUUAAAAGUCGGGGCGCGAGAAAUAGGAAGAUACGAUGGCUUCCUCGUCUGGCAACGAUGAUGAUCUCACUAUACCCAGAGCUGCUAUCAAUAAGAUGAUCAAAGAGACUCUCCCCAAUGUCCGGGUGGCCAACGAUGCGCGGGAGCUGGUGGUGAACUGCUGCACCGAAUUCAUUCAUCUUAUAUCUUCGGAAGCCAAUGAGAUUUGCAACAAGUCGGAAAAGAAGACCAUCUCCCCAGAGCAUGUCAUCCAAGCGCUAGAAAGCUUGGGCUUUGGCUCUUAUAUCAGUGAAGUCAAAGAAGUCUUACAAGAAUGCAAGACUGUAGCAUUAAAAAGAAGAAAGGCCAGUUCUCGUUUGGAAAACCUGGGCAUUCCUGAAGAAGAGUUAUUAAGACAGCAACAGGAAUUAUUUGCAAAAGCUAGACAGCAACAAGCAGAAUUGGCCCAGCAGGAGUGGCUUCAAAUGCAGCAAGCUGCCCAACAAGCACAGCUUGCUGCUGCCUCAGCCAGUGCAUCUAACCAGGCAGGAUCUUCUCAGGAUGAAGAAGAUGAGGAUGAUAUCUGAAAUUCACCAGCUGAGUUUCUGUUUCCUCUAUAAAUGUUUUUUCCUUGCACAAGAAAACGGUGAAAGGAAUGCUUAUCUGUAAUUCUGUGUGCAUCUUGGUGGACUUGCCAUUGGUAUUCCGGGGAUGUCUGCUGUUAAGUUUCAUCUGUCGUGUGCUAUUCAUGUAAAAACUGUCUCUUUGAACUAUUGAAAAUUUAAGAUUCAGUAUAAUAUCAAUUUUGAAUUUUUAAUGGUGUUUAUGAAAUUUUAGAUAGCAGUGAGUCCUUUAUUUGAUCAAUAAACAGUGUUACAGAAAACUUCAUUUAUAAAAAUACAGUGAAAUUUAUACAGAAACUCUAAAUAUGCAUUUGCAUUUCCUUUGCCCUUUUAACUAAACUAAAAAUUGGGAAUUUUAAAUUAUUGGGGGGAUGGUACUGUGUGAUACAGUAGACAUUAGGUGAGGUUGGUGAAAAAACAAAGAGUUCAGUUAUAUAGUAUCUGAAUUUUUUGUUUUUUAAAAUGAGUAUAUACAGGCAAUAAGUAAAUAUGCUCAGAUAAAUACACUUGUUUAAAAAACUCUCAAAACCGGACAUUCAAAAACUAGGAAGGAGUAUGUUCAAUAGUAGUUGUAUAAAUUUGGUGGGUUAUGUUUUUGAUUUUGUUUUUGUUUUAUGUAGAGCUGAAAACUACAGUUUUGUUAUGGCAUAAUUCAUCUUGAGCUACACUAUUACAUUUCAAAGGCUGCCCAAUUUUGAGGACUGUCAUGAUUCUUACUAUUUCACUCCAUUAAUUGUUAAUAGUAUUACUUGCUUAGUCCAUCCAUGUUUAUUGGAACUUGUAAAAUAAUUGCUUAGGUUCCGUUGGUUUAACUGAGGUUCAUGAAUAUUCAAACCUUUGCUGGGGGAAAGAAAUGAAAGUUAAUGAGCAUGCUUGCUAUAAAAGAGGAAUUUUUUAUAAUUUAACUUGUAGUUAUAGUUUACUUAUUGUUUGUUUUUAGCGUUACUUUUACAUUUUCUUGACUAGAUGGCCUAGAGUGUCCAAUGCUUCCUUUUGAAAUGGCACCAUUGUCUCUGUCGUAAUUGAGAGAUAGCUUUAAAAAGUGAUUGGUUUUGUUUUGUUUAAGAAAGCGUGUCAUAGCUGAUCAGCCUUAUAUGAAACAGUUAGUUUCAACCUGCUCAUUGAAAGGGAGAAGCUUUAAUUUGGUUCCAAUAAAGUAUGGUAGUGAUUUUUAUAUGAAUCCAGUGUGCUGAAGAAAUGGCAUAUUGUUUGUAUUUUGGAAACAGAGUGGAAAAACCACUGAAGGUAGUAUGAAGUAAUCUAAAUUCCUGUGUCAGUUGCCAAAUCACUUAAAUUUCUGUAUUCACCAAGCCCAAGGAUAGAUUUCAGCUCCCAGGAUCCCAAUUUUAAUUGGAGAGCUAAAUAAAUAAAGUUUAAAAGUGUUGGA